AUGGUAUUUUAUACAAGAUUAUUACCUGUGUUAUAUACUUUAAGAAAAGGAGCGUUAAUUAUUCCGAUUAUUUUUAUAUUUUAUUUCUAUAUUCAUCGAUCAUUACCAGAUUAUUAUAAACAUUUUAAUCGAUCAACAACACCAUUAAUUUUACUUUUUACAUAUAAUCGUUCAAUUAAAACACGAGAUAAUAUUUGUAAAGGUACUCGAAAUGGUGGACAUAUUAUUAAUUUUGAUAAAUGUCCAUUAAAAUGUGAAUUUUCAUGUCGUAUAGAAGAUUUUACACAACGUUCACCACAAGCUGUAUUAUUUUUUGGUGAAGAUUUUGCAUGGCCUUUUAAAUUAUCUAAUAAAAAUCGAUCAUCAUUUGAUCAACGAUGGAUUUUUUGGUCAUGGGAAGCACCUGUUCAUCAUUCAGAAUAUACUCGUUCUGGUUUAACAUUCAACUGGACAAUGACCUAUCGAAAAGAUUCCGAUAUAAUACAUGAUUAUGGUCGAUACAUUCCACGUAAUUUAUCAUAUACAAUUCGUGAUUAUCAAGCAGUUGAUUUUUAUUUAUCCUCGAAAGAUAAUCAAUCAACGUUUCAUAUAGAAAAAGAAUUUGAAAAUCGACAAAAUGAAAUUUUAUGGUUUGUUUCAAAUUGUAAAUCUCGAACAAAACGAGAUAAAAUAGCUGAUGAAUUAAAUAAAUACUUUUCAAUUAAACAAUAUGGUCAAUGUUCACAAUCUCAAAAAGAUAGACAUCGAAUGUCAUCAAAAGAAUUCGAACAAACACUUUUUAGAUAUAAAUUUUAUUUAGCUUUUGAAAAUGCACAUUGUCAAGAUUAUAUAACUGAAAAAACAUUUUAUAAUGCAUUAGCACAUGGAAGUAUUCCAAUAGUUCUUGGAUCAACUAAAGAGAAUUAUGAAAAAUUAUUACCACCAAAUUCAUUUAUUCAUAUAAAUCAUUUCGAUAAUAUGACUCAACUUGCGAAUGAACUUGAUCAUAUAAGUAAAAAUCUUACUCUAUUUACAUUUUAUCAUCAAUGGCGUAAGAAUUAUCGAUUGAUAGCAUGGCCAUCAAAUUAUUAUAUUGACGAUCUAUUUUGUAAUUUAUGUAUUAAAUUGCAUAAUGAUAAAAAACAAAAGAGUUAUGAAAAUUUUUCUAAAUGGUUAAAUAAAUGUAAAUAA